GGUUGGGUAGUGGUUGAGAAACGCUUCCCAUCUUAACGUUUCAUUAAAAAUAGCAGCGUUUAAACAAAAAAAAAUUCAGAUUAUUUUCAGAUAUUCAUUUUCUGGAAAAAAAAAUCAAGAAAAUCUUUGUGGCGUCAUCUGCUUAACAAACUAAGAGAACAUUGAGCAGCCUGCAACUCCAACUUCUUCCUGAUAAUUUGGAGAGAUCUUUAUACCGUCAUUUGAAAUCAAAUACUACUCCUAUCUAUAUAUAACGACAGUAGCUACAAAAUUCCCAUUGUAUUGAUCAAGUUUCCUCAGAGUUUGAAUUGGAGUCUUCACACUGAUCAUCAAGGAUACAACUUAUUCAUCUUCUUUCCAAUACGAGAUGCCUCCAUCUAGUAACAAGGAGGGGACGAAAGAGGUAUUUAAGUGGAGCGAAGAAGAGACAAUCAUUUUAUGUGACAUUUGUCUUCUUUUUAUUAAGAACAACGGCCGAAGUACAUUUUACAAGUGGAAGGAUAUUCAAAUAGAUGUCGAAAAAAAAAUCGAGCGCGAUUUUAAUAAUUUGCAAACCUGCAAGAACAAAUAUGACACAAUGAGAAAAGAUUGGAUUAAAUGGAAAUCACUAAAAUCAUCGGAAACUGGUUUAGGAUGGGAUCCGAUUUCUGGAAAAAUUGAUGCUACGGACGAAUGGUGGCAAAGAAAAAUCAAGGAGAAUCCAGACUUCAAAAAGUUUCGACACAGGGGUGUUAGCUUAGAAUUGGAGAAAAAAUGGGAAGAAUUAUUUGGAGAUUCAUAUGCAUCAGGAGAAAAUGUCUAUGUACCCUCUAUGGACCCCAUUGAAGAUCUUACCGUAGAACCUGAAAAUUCGGAGGGGGAAGAUAUUGAAAGUCUUGGAGCUGAUACUUAUUUAGGAAAUUCUCAAUUUACUGAUGCUUUAUUGAACGAAGAUAAUUUCUUUCAAAAUUUUGUGGAACAAGCAAAAGGUGAUUCUACUUUAGGUAACUUGGGUAGUAAUUCACAAACGAAUGUUGAAGGUAAAACCAAUGGCAUUCGUGGUUCAAAAAAGGACAAAAAGCAACCUACAACAUCACCAAAUAACGUCCAAAUGAAGCGUAGCAGAAGGCAAUCGGCUGGUUCUUCGAUGUUAGCUAAGGAAAUUAGUGAAAUGACGCAAUGUGUUAAACUAAUGAGCCAAAGUAGUUCAACUACUAAUUCUAGCAUGAAUCCAUCCAUGUUCACAAUCUCUACUGCAAUGAAUAUCAUUAAUCGCAUGAUAGACGAUCAUAUUUUGGAGAAACUUAGUGAUCUAUGGUUUUAUGCUACAAAUUUGAUUGAAAAUGCAACUAAAAGGGAAGUUUUCCUAAGCAUGGAGGAUGAUGAAACUAGGCUUAUAUGGUUACAACGCUUGUAUGAUAAUAAAGACAAUUAGUUUUCUGUAGUAUUUAGUUUUCAUUCGCUUUACUUGUAAUAUAUUUCGAGUUUUGUUACUUGGCAAAUUUGUGGAAUGUUUGUUUCUUAUUUUUUCUCAAUUAAAGAUGGAAUUCAUUUCAUAUUUUAUCAUUCUGAACCUUUAUUAGUGAUAAAUGAAGUUGUGGUUUGCU